CUUUUGUUUCCCUCCCAUGGCUGCUUUUGUUCUGUAGUCAUCACUCUCUCUCUCCCUCUCCCUCUCUCUCUCUGAUAUUCAUUUCCACUAUGGAAACGUUUACCAAAUCAGUGACUCGUCUGAGCUCAGCUCAGCUUCUUCUAAUAACACUCACUGUAUUACUCUACGUCACAUCGCCACCUUACGUCGCCGCCGCCCAAGCGGAGCUUCCCAGAGGCUUCAAAGCCGCUCCGGACCCUUCAAUCCAAACCUUCCAACCUCUGCUCACCGACCCAACCGGCAACUUCUCACUGGGUUUCCUCCGAGUCAACAAAACCCAACUAGCUCUGGCUCUCCUCCACGUGCCUUCCUCCGACCCGUUUUGGCUCGCCAACCCGACCCAACUCGCCCGCUGGUCCGACCGCACCACCCUCCUCUUCAACGGCAGCCUCGUCCUCUUAGAUUCCCAGUCGAGAGUAUUCUGGUCAACUCACACCGAAACCGGCGAUCGGGUUGCAAUCCUCGACACCUCCAACGUCCAAAUCCAAACAACUCAGGACAACGUUCUAUGGCAGAGUUUUGACGUUCCCACAAAUACCCUCGUCGAGAACCAGAAUUUCACAUCGACCAUGAAGCUUGUCUCAUCCAACGGCCUAUAUUCGAUGCAAUUGGGCAACGAUUUCAUGGGUCUGUACGCGAAGUUCAAACCAGGUUCAAACGCAGACCAAAUGUACUGGAAACACAAAGCCAUGGAAGUCAAGGCCCAAGUCGUCGAAGGAAAAGGACCCAUUUACGCCCGAGUAGAGCCGGACGGGUUCAUUGGAAUGUACCAAACCGGGAACCCAGCUCCGGUCGACAUCCAACCGUUCAUGACCUAUCCGAGGCUAAUCAACGGCCUCCGUAAAGUCCGUUUGGAACCGGACGGAAACCUCAAGGCGUAUUACUGGGGCGGUUCGAACUGGGCUUUGGAUUUCCAGGCGAUUGACACCACGUGCGAGCUUCCCAGUCCAUGCGGUUCGUUCGGUUUGUGCGAGGCCGGGAACAGUUCGUGUUCGUGUUUGGAUAACCAGACGGAGUUCCGGUCCGGCGAGUGUUUUCCGGUUCAGAGCGGCGACUUCUGCGGUUCCGGAUGGGGGGAAAUUAAUAGCUUCUGGGUUUUAAGGAGGAGCGGCGUGGAGCUGCCGUACAAGGAGUUGAUGCGGUAUAAAACGAUGUCGUCUUAUGGGGAAUGCGAACGAACCUGUGAAAGCAACUGUAGCUGUUGGGGCGCGGUGUACAACAACGGGUCCGGGUUUUGUUACUUGAUUGAUUACCCGAUCCAGAGUUUGGUGGGCGUUGGGGAUGAGAGUAAGAUGGGUUAUUUUAAGGUGCGGGAGGGUGCAGGAAGGAAGAAAAUAAAUGUGGGUGUGGGAGUUGGGAUUGGGGUGGUUUGUGUGGCACUUUUGAUAUUUAUUGGGGUGGUGGGGGUUUGGAGGUUUAGGGUUUGGAGGAGGAAGAGAGGAGGAGCAGGGAAGAGGUUCAUGGGUCAAGAUGGCGGUGUUUCCCCCGGCCCGUAUAAGGAUCUCGGGUCCGCAAGCUUUAAGUCCAUUGAGAUUGUCGGGCAAAAUAGUUAAGGUUUGUUUGGGUCUGUCUCUUAGAGCGAUUAUUUGACAAUUAAAAGUAUGUCUGACUAAAAAAUGUUCGUAACUUCAACUGAGGAACAAAAGUAGUACAUUUCCAAACGAGCUAUUAGGCAAUGACGUACGGAAUGACAUGUUUUUGUGUGGGGCCUUUGGAGCAUGGGAGUUUUGACCGACAGUGAUGUUGAUGGCCAACUCUUUCUGUGUUUGCGGUGGUGGGGUUCCAAGCCCUAAUCUUUGUAUUUAAAUUUGUAUGAUAUAUGAUCGGUGGACCCUGCCAAAUCUCAUUGUUAAUGUAUUAGUAUUUCAUAGUGACAUUGUAUAGAGCUUAGUGCGCCUUCAACGACUUUGUAUCUCUGCAAGUUGUACAAUCAUUUUAUAUAUGGAUAAUAUAUGAGCAUGAUCAUACAU